AUGGUUAGGCACAGCUACAUGCACACAGGGCCAAAACCAUAUUCCUGUGAGUUCUGCCAGUCAGCAUUUACAAGCAUCCGUGGGUUAAAGAGACACAGAAGAUUGCACGUGAGUGAGGAACCGUGCAAAGUCAGCUUUGGAAGUGGAAGAAAGAGAACUCGGAAACCUUCCAAGAAUUACACAUGUGAUGAAUGUAACGUGCUUUUUUAUACUAGAGGUCAUCUCAAUUUUCAUAAGAAAUGCCAUGAACAGCUCAAGGUGAGUGCUAAUGCUUAUAUGAAUCAGAGCAAUGAAUAUCUUAAAAGCGAAGGAUGCAAAAUUGAAAGUGAUUCCAAGGGCUGUGUUCCUGGACCUCUUUCUAAUGAAGAUGAUAGUCUCACUGGGGGAGUGUGUAAAACUCUAGCUUCAAAAAUAGACUUUGUGCAGGCAGGUGAUGUGCAGGACAAUAAGAAAAUGUGCCCUGGAAGGGCGUUUACCAAAAACAGCCACUUCAAGAACAUUUCACCUAUUUUUGGGAGUAGAUCAGAAGUUCAGGAUUCGUACAAAGUGAACACUGUAGUUUACAAAGAAGACCCUCUCUUCAGCCCUGAAACCUCUCAUUCGCAAAGUGAAGACAGUAAAAACAAUGCUGCAUAUUCUAAGUCCAGGGAUAUGUGGCCUUCCAGUUUGUCUGUGUUCAAACUGUACAAGUGUAGACACUGUGAUUAUGCUACUGCUCUUCAUAGCAGCUUUAAGCAGCACCUUAAAAUACAUGCUGAUAAAGGACAGUUUGUGUGUCAUGAAUGCAACAAGACUUUUAAAACUUCAAACCGUUUGCAGAGACACAGGCUGCUUCAUGUCAAUGAUCAAUAUGAAUUCGGCCAUUACUUCUAUGCAGACAGCCAUCUGGAGAAUCUUGGAUUGCAUCAUGAAAUGCAGGUAGGCACGUGUCCAGAAAGUGAUUUUGGCUCCUCACAGAGUUUCGGUGGAGUCUGUUCGAUGCUUGGUUCAGGAAUGUAUGGAGAACAGACAGAUACCAAGGCAGACAAAGAUGAUUUGCUAGCGCAGAGUGAGCCACGAUUCUAUCAGUGUGCAGAGUGUGAGUACUCUACUUACAUCUUAAGCAACCUCAAACUACACAUAAGGACUCACACAGGUGAGAAACCUUACAGCUGCAGCGUUUGCCAGAAGGAAUUUCGUACCUCCAGUCACUUGAAACGGCACCAAGUCCUGCAUUGCAAUACGGAGCAUCUCAAGUGCAGGAAGUGUGACUAUUCAACAAACAAAUGGCUGUCCUUAAAACAGCAUCUGGCUUCGCACGCUGCGAAUGAAAGCUCAUUUCCUGGCUCUCUCAGUGAACAGAAGCCACUACCUGUCAAAACGUACACGUGUGAAGAGUGUGGCUAUAUCACAGUUCACAAUGGAAACUUCAAGCAGCACCUGAGAAUUCACACGGGGGAGAAGCCAUUCAAGUGUGGGCAGUGCGGUGUUGCUUUCCGCACGUCCAGCCACCUGAAGCGCCACUUGCUGGUUCAUGUGAAGUUUCACUGCAGAAAGAAGCUAGGGCGCUACGGCGGCACGUUCGACUCAAGGAGCCAGCAGUCAGCACUGAAGACGCACAUAAAUAGGAUAAAUAGCUGA